AUGGCGUACCACGACUCCGACUUCGAUUACGAUGACGAGAAUGGUGGCAUCGACCCUGUCUGGCUCCUCACCAUCUGCAUCGCGCUGGGUAUCUGGCUCGUCAUAAACCGAUACCAGUCCCUCCUCAACCGCGCCAUAUUCUUCCGCAUACCUCCGCCACCCCAAAUCAAAGAAACAUGGACCGCGCAGAAGCUCCCCGAACCCUCACUCGAGGCGCACCUGCACACUGACGGUCUCUUGCCCGCCAUACCCAUGGAUGGCCGCAAGUACAUCACCGCCUACGAUCCCGCGACUGCAUAUCACCUUGACACCGUGCUCGCCGACUCCCGAGAGGACAUCGAGCGCAAAAUCUCCGCGGCGUACAACGCGCAGAGGAACUGGGCGAAGACGUCCUUCCAUGACCGACGCCGCGUCAUGCGCUCGCUCAAGAAGUGGCUUGUCGACAACCAGGAGACGUGCGCCAAGGUCGCGUGCAGGGACACGGGCAAGACCAUGCUUGAUGCUGCCCUCGGCGAAAUUAUCACGACCUGCUCGAAGCUCGACUGGCUCAUCAACCAUGGCGAGCGCGCAUUGUCCCCCGAAAAGCGGAAAAACAACCUAAUCAUGUUCUACAAGUCAUCUUACGUGUAUUAUGAGCCUCUCGGCGUUGUAUCCGCCAUUGUAUCAUGGAACUAUCGUGACCUGCAUAAUGCUUGGUCUCCCAUCGUGGCUGCACUAUUUGCUGGCAACAGUGUAGUGCUCAAGUGCUCUGAGCAUGUCGUAUGGUCCACCGAAUGGUUUGUAAAGGCUAUCAAGGAGUGCUUGAAGGCUUGUGGACAUGAUGAGAACUUGGUUCAGCUUGUGUGCUGCUUCCCCGAGGAUGCCGAUGCUUUGACCAAGUCCGCUUUCAUCAGGCAUAUCACUUUCAUCGGCUCCGAGCGCGUUGGCCGCGUCGUCGCGCAAGCCGCUACCGAGUAUCUGACGCCAGUCACGCUUGAACUCGGAGGCAAGGACCCCGCCAUCCUCCUCCCUUCGACUGACCUGGACAAGCACAUCAGCCUUCUCAUGCGUGGCGUAUACCAAAACGCGGGUCAGAACUGCAUCGGCAUCGAACGUAUCCUCGUACACGAGUCCCAGUAUGAGGACCUACUGCAGAUGUUCACUGAACGCGUCGACAAGCUUCGUCCCGGUCAUUCGCUCAAGAGCCCUGGUGAUGGUGUUGCCCCGGUUGCCGACGUUGGCGCAAUGAUCGCUGGGGACCGCUUCCCUGGCCUGCAGCACGCUAUUCAAGACGCUGUCGCCCAAGGUGCUACCCUGACAGUUGGUGGUGAGCCAUGGACGCACCCGUAUCUCGAGCGCGGAUCGUAUUUCAAGCCCACGCUGCUGGGUGAUGUCAACCCCGACGCAUCUAUCGCGCAGUCCGAAUUGUUUGCGCCCAUUGGUCUUAUCAUCAAGUACGAAACCGUCGAGCAGGCUAUCGAGAUCGCGAAUUCCACACGAUACGGCCUCGGAGCUAGCGUGUUUGGGCCGGUCAAGGACGAUUGCGUGAAGGUAGCGAAGCGUCUACACUGUGGAAUGGUGGCAGUCAACGACUUCGGCGUCUUCUACGUGAACCUACCGUUCGGUGGUACGAAGUACAGCGGCUAUGGUCGGUUCGGUGGACCCGAAGGGCUGCGCUCCCUAACAAACGUCAAGGCAAUCGUCACGGACCGAUGGGGCUGGGCGAUCCAGACCACCAUACCUGCGGUUGUAGACUACCCCGUGCGCUCCGUCGCGCAGAGCUGGGACUUCAUCAGCGGAUUGGUGGGCUUCCUGUACGCCGAUGGCUGGCGUACAAGGAUAGACGCACUCUUGAAACUGGUCCGGGCGAGUGGCAGGUAA